CAUGUUCAGCGGGUAGCAGCGGCUAAAUUCCAUACUGCACCAUUCGAGCACCAUUCGAGCAGCAGUUUCCCUCCCAAAUGUCAAAUGUGGAAUCAAAACAAAGCCAACCAGCUUGAUGGCGAGCUCUAUUUCAGGUGAAACAUUUCUUAAUACAAUAAUGAAAUGUUGAGGGAAAGUGGAAAAGGCGAAUAUAAUCAGCACUAAAAAAACCAAGGAUUCUUUGAACGUGACUUCGGGAAGCCCCUGCAAGGACAGAGCAACAACAGCAUUUUGGGCCAUUGAUUGCAGUUGGCACACAAGAUGAGUGGUACUAAGAGUGUUCCGGUUGGUACAGUGAUUCCGCCACCCCUUGUUCCUUUGCCUAGUUGCCACGAGCGCGUAAAACAGGUACAGACACGCCUGCUCAACGAUAUUCCCUUUCCGACGAGAUACAUAGCCAACUGCCGGCUCUGCUUGGGCACCAAAUUUGGAAACCAUAGCACAACCAUCAUUGACGAGCCGCUAGCCACCAUAAUGAGGAAUGUUUUUCCAUUUCCGGUAACGAACCAAAUAGGCCUACCGAUGAAUGUAUGCAGUGCCUGCUUCCAGUCGGUACAAGCGUUUCACUCAUACAGCAAUCUGGUGUUGGCAAACCAGCAGAAGCUGCAAGAAGCGCUGGCCUCAGCCAAGCAUGGCAUUGCUAACGAAGCUCCCCAAACCAUCGUCUCCACGGGGGGGAAAGCGCAAGCGAAUGUAGUAGAAAUUGUGUCCGGCAGUGAGGAUGAAUUCCAGGAAGACUACGAACAACACAUCCUAGACGAAUCUGGGCUGCAGCUGGAAGUGGAAACGAUUGAAGAAGGCCAUGAUCCGUUUUCGCCACCGCUGCGGGAAAGCACACCGGUGCGCGCUCCAGUCACCCCAGUCUCUACUGCUGCUGCUGCUGCUGCUAGUGGCAAAAGCGGAAAAGCUGCAGUAGAGGAUAUCAUUUUUAUCGAUUGCGAAACAAACGAUAACGAUAGCGAUGUAGAAAUACUGUCGGAAGUUUUGGUGCCAUCCGCGACAGGGACACGCCUUACGCCCGGAAGCGACACGGGCCGUGCUGCCGCAAAGCUGCAAAUCACACCCGACGCAACGAAACGGACGGGGACGAAAGCGGUAUACAUUUGCAGCACCUGCAAUGAAACGUUCGACAAGCACUACGAUCUGAUGAUCCAUCAGAAAAAACACUUUAUGAAAGUGUGCCCAUUGUGCAAGCGGUCGUUCAAAUAUUCGGUUAUCAGGGAACACAUCAUUAAGGAUCACGGUGUGUUGAAAGAAAGUAACGGCCAAAAGAAAGCGUUUACAUAGGAGCGGUAGGGCGCGCAAAGGUAAAAUAGUGUUUUGUAAGUGUUAGCUCCCCCCACUCUUCGGUAUCACCUAGCGCAGGAUUGAGUUUGUAAAAAUAAAUUAAGUUUGAUCGAGC